UCAACAAUUUUCAAACUAUUUAGCCAUUUUGCGUAAUUUAACCUCAUAGUGUCAACAUGGUUUGCCAGAAAAACCCAGUAGUACAAAAAAUCUGCGAAUUGUACGAUGAGAUUUCGAGGUUGGAGAACCUGAAGCCCUCCGAGGAUGUCGACACGCUGUUCACACAGCUAGUCCACACGUGCAUCCCACCAAACCCUAUAGAUGUCUCUAAGCUCUGUUCCAAGAUCCAAGAAAUGAGGUCCAACCUCAUAAGGUUGUGUGGUGAAGCCGAGGGUCUUCUUGAAUCCCAUUACUCCACAAUUCUUGCUUCUCUCCCGGACCCCCUAAAAAAUCUCUCUCUUUUCCCUUACUUCAACAAUUACCUCAAACUAAGCCUCCUCGAGUUUGAUCUUCUCAGCAGGCAUUACAGCGGCGGCGCGCCGCGUCGCCUCGCGUUUGUCGGGUCCGGCCCCUUGCCGCUCUCGUCGAUAGUCCUGGCCACCUGCCACCUCACGGCCACGGAUUUCCACAACUACGACAUUGAUCCCGCGGCGAACGCCAUGGCGGCGCGGUUGGUGGGGUCGGAUCCCGGCCUCUCCGGGCGCAUGUUCUUCCACACCGCGGACAUCAUGGGCGUUACGUGCGACUUGAAGGAGUACGAUGUGGUGUUCCUGGCGGCGCUGGUGGGUAUGGAUAAGGAGGAGAAGGAGCGAGCUAUAGACCACUUGGCUAAAUACAUGGCUCCCGGGUCGCUCCUUGUGGUUCGGAGCGCCCACGGGGCACGGGCCUUUCUUUACCCUGUGGUGGAGCCUUGUGAUCUCCGAGGAUUCGAGGUUCUUACGGUGUACCAUCCGACGGAUGACGUUAUUAACUCGGUGAUCGUGGCGCGGAAGAUGGCGCUGCCGCUGCCGGCCGCCGCCGUUCAUUCGUAUGAUAAUCGGGAGGGGUCGAUGGUGCUCCCAAGCAAGUGUUCUUGUGCGGAGAUUCACGCCUUCAAUCCGCUCAACAAGUUGAGCAUGAUUGAAGAGUUUUCGCUUGAUCAAGAAUGACUAAUAACUUUCUUGAAUUGAUCCAAGAUCAGAAGGGGAGUGGGCCUAAUCAAUCUCCCUCUAUUUCCAUUGAUUAUUUGGUUAAUCAAUUAUCAAUUUGUUGUUGUUGUUGUUUUUGUUGUUAGUUUCCUCUGCAUGUCUAACUGUUUUGCCUUAUAUGGUCUUAGUUUCAUACAAUACAUUGUCUCCUACCCUAUUUGUGUUCCUAUCCUUUCUAUAUGUGUGUAUGCUACUCUCAAUCAAUUUCA